AAGAUUUAUAACUAUUACAUUCUUACAUAAAACUAAAAUAAUUUGUUAUUAGUGAAUAUUAUAAAUGUAAAAAUACUAUUACAGUAUUAAAUAGUUUCUCAAAAAUAACUGUUUAAUAUAUUUCUACUUAACUCAUUAAUUCAUGCGUUUUACAAUGUUUUUAACACAAUUUCUACCCAAAUCUAUUUUGUAAACAUAAACUUCACUUUUGUUUAAAGCUGUUCAUAAAAAUUGCAAAAAUUGAAGGUAAGUACUGUAAAAUGUUAUGAUAUUUUUUUAAGAUUAAAAUGGUAUGCAAGUAUACCAUAAAGAUAAUAUUUCAAAUAAAAAUCUGUAUUUUAUUGUAGCUAUAUUAAAUGACCUAGUUUAAUUAUUUAUAAAUAUAUAUCAUUUUUUUAAGUCUUAUUGAAAUUACUAUAAUCAGAAACUUGUUAAAUAAUAAUUUUACUUGCUGAAGUUUAUAAAAUUGGUUAAUACACAAACUAUCUAGUUAAAUUAUUUUUUUCCUAUUAUUUUAUUAUUCUAUUACUUUUUAUUUUAACUAUUCACAAGCAUUAUGAUACAUCUUCUAAACUUCACAUCUUUUCAUCUCAUUUUCUAAUUUUAAUAAUUAUUUUGCUGAAGUUUUUGGCUAUUUGUUGUUUUUUUAUUAUUAUUAUAAGAAUACAUUAAUGUGCUAAUAUUGCCUCUAUUACUGUAUGCAUUGAUUGAGUUAUACAAAUAAUAAAAAUAUUAAACACUUUUUAGUUAUUUAAAUUGUAUUUUAUAAUAAAUUUUAGUGAAUUAAAAAAAAAUAAAAAUGCAUUGUAUACUUAUGAAUAAAAAAAAUUAUUGUGAUCUAAAAACAAUUCUUGUAGAUAGAUAUUUCUAUAAUAACCAAUAAAUUGUAUUUAUUUUUGUCAGGUACAUGGGAUUGGUGUUCUCCUCCGGUGCACCUACUUUCAUCUCUUAGUGCGCAAUCCACUGCACUACAUAUGGGUCCUAUAGAACCAGAUUCGCCACUGCCUAAUAGGCUAACACACGUCUCGGACAAACAUCCAAGAUGUAUGUUAGCCGAAUUCAGUUCUAUGAGGCGCCAUCGUGAACUAUGCGAUGUUGUUCUCAAUAUUAACAAUCGAAAAAUAUUUGCCCACCGUAAUAUUUUAUCGGCAUGUAGUCCUUACUUCAGGGCCAUGUUUAACGGGGACCUAGCUGAAUCUCGACAAACAGAAGUCACUAUACGUGACAUGGAUGAAAUAGCAAUGGAACUUUUAAUAGAAUUUUGUUACUCUGCUCGAAUCACAGUUGAAGAAUCUAAUGUUCAAACUCUCCUUCCAGCUGCUUGUCUAUUGCAAUUGACUGAAAUACAAGAUAUUUGUUGCGAGUUUUUAAGAAGACAACUUGAUCCAUCCAAUUGUCUCGGCAUCAGAGCAUUUGCUGACACACAUUCUUGUCUUGAUCUGUUACGUGUAGCUGAUAAAUACACCCAACAUAAUUUUCAAGAAGUCAUGGAGAGCGAGGAAUUUCUUCUCCUUCCUGUUUCACAGCUGAUCGAUUUAAUUUCCAGUGAUGAACUCAAUGUAAGAACAGAAGAACAAGUAUUCAAUGCAGCAAUGACUUGGGUCAAGUUUAAUAUAGUUGAACGCCGACAAAAUCUUCCUCAAGUACUUCAGCAUGUCCGAUUACCCUUGUUAAGCCCCAAGUUUUUAGUUGGUACAGUCGGCGCCGAUUUAUUAGUAAGAAGUGAUGAAGUAUGUAGAGAUCUUGUUGAUGAAGCUAAAAACUAUUUACUUUUACCACAAGAACGACCUUUAAUGCAAGGUCCUCGAACUAGACCUCGAAAACCAACUCAAAGGGGUCAGCUUUUAUUUGCUGUUGGAGGUUGGUGCAGUGGAGACGCUAUAGCUUCUGUUGAACGUUAUGAUCCCCAAACAGAAGAUUGGAAGCUGCAGGCACAAAUGAGUAAACGAAGAUGUGGAGUUGGAGUUGCUGUACUUAAUGAUUUAUUGUAUGCAGUCGGUGGACAUGACGGUCAGUCUUACCUUAACAGUAUUGAACGAUACGAUCCACAAACCAAUCAAUGGUCUUGUGAUGUGGCACCUACAACUUCGUGUCGCACAAGCGUUGGAGUUGCUGUUUUAGAUGGUUUACUCUAUGCAGUUGGUGGUCAAGAUGGUGUACAAUGUUUAAGUCAUGUUGAACGUUAUGAUCCUAAAGAAAAUAAGUGGAGUAAAGUGGCUCCCAUGACAACAAGACGAUUAGGUGUUGCAGUUGCUGUUUUAGGUGGUUAUUUGUACGCAAUCGGUGGUUCAGAUGGACAAUCGCCAUUGAGUUCUGUUGAACGUUACGAACCAAGGAUGAACAAAUGGACAGUAAUGGCACCAAUGUCAACAAGAAGAAAACAUUUAGGAUGUGCUGUUUAUAAGGAUAUGAUAUAUGCAGUAGGAGGCCGUGACGAUUGCAUGGAAUUGAGUAGUGCUGAGAGAUAUAAUCCACAUACAAAUUCAUGGUCUCCAAUUGUAGCGAUGACAUCUCGGAGAAGUGGAGUAGGUUUAGCAGUAGUAAAUGGACAAUUGUAUGCUGUUGGUGGAUUUGAUGGAACAGCGUAUUUAAAAACUAUUGAGGUAUAUGAUCAGAGCCAAAAUCAAUGGCGUCUUUGUGGCACAAUGAAUUAUAGGCGACUUGGAGGUGGUGUUGGUGUAAUGAGGUCACCACAAACCGAUAACAAUUUUUAAACUAUUAUCAAAAUUAUUAUUUUUUUUUUUUUUUUUGUUAUUUUAAUCAUAUUUUUCUCUACUUAAUCUUAUAUUAGAAUUUAUAUUUUAUUUUCUUGUAUAGGUACAAUGACAAAAUAGAUAUUAAUAUUAUAAUUUGAAACCAAUUAUAUUUUUAAUAUACCAUAAUACAAAUUUUAUUAUAAUUGAAUAUUUAUUAGAUUAAUAUAAAAUACAUCCCAAAAAGUAUUUCAAAUUAAAGCUCUAUAUUCCAUAUAGGUACUUUUAUUAAAAAAAAAAUAUAUGUAUUUUAAAUUCUUACAAAUUUAAUUAAAAUAUUUUAUUAAAGUCAUAUCGUGGACAUUUAAUUUAGAAAAAGAAAUAAAAUAUACUCUAAUGUAUAUGGAAAAUGAUAACAGAUAUAGGUAUAACAAUUAUAUUUAUCAACAAUAAACAAUAAUUAGGUCCAUAAUUUUAUGAAAUAUGUAAAAUGUUUAGCUGUACAGAAUUUAAAAUGGUUUUACUAAGUUUAUAUAAAUUUUGUUUAACAAAAUAAAAUAAAAUCAUGUUUAUACAAUAAAACUUCAAUAUAAUAAUAUAUUGAAUAUGCUGUUCUCGGUAUCAUUAUUUUAAAAAAAUGUUAUAUUUUAAAACAAAGUAUUAUGCCAUGUUACAAAUAAUUAAACAAAAAAAAAAAGAAACCUUAUGAAUCUUACUGUUUGAAAAUCAUUAAGUACUAGUAAAGUAAUAUUGUUAUUUGAUCUGUAAUAAAUUAUUACAUUCAUAGUUUAUGAUAGGCGCUUUAAAAUAAUACAUUUACAUUAUUGUUACUUCAUAGACAAAUAAGUUUACCAAAAAGAAGUGAUUGAAAGUUUAACUAUUUUAUAAAUUGACUUUAUAAACUACCCAAGAUGUAUCAUAAUGUUUAAACAUUUUUAUUACGCUAUAAUAAUCUGUGUCCUAAUCUUUUUAAGAAUAAAAAUAAAAAAAAGCUGGAGC